AUGGACCCGUCGGAGGCCUUCCAUCGGUGGCGGCACUCGGACCUUCUCUCCGACGUCGACGCCUCGACGCACUGGCUGCCGCUCCAGUGCUGUGCCGCUCUCGUUUCGCUCGCACUCACGCACUCCUUCCUCGCGCUCCGCCACGAGCGGAGGCGAAAGCAGCUCGCAUUCUCAGAGCACCUCGCUCGGCGCGCGCUUGACGCCGCGGCGCGGGACAAGGCGGAGUGCCUCACAGCCGCGGCCGCGCGCGCCGCGUGCGACCGGACGGAGGCGGCCGAGCUCGCCGCCGCCGACCGAGCAGCGGCGGCGGCGGCGUUGGCGACGGCGGUGGCGGCGGCGGCGGAGGAGUCGCGAGCCUCGGCGGCGCGGGAGGCCGCGUUGGUGGCUGCCCUGCGGGCAGCCGAGGCGGCGGCGGCGGAGGAGGGCCAGGUUGCGUCCGAGAAGGCGGCGGCGCUCGAGGCGCGGUGCGCAGCAGCGGAGCAGGCGAUCUCGCACGCGGCGGCCGAGCAGGAGAGGCUGCAGGGAACCCUUCAGGCGGCGGCGGAGGCGGCGGCGGCGGCGGAGCGGGCGGCGGCGGGGAGGCGGGAGGUCCUCGAGGCGCGAUGCGCCGCAGCGGAGCAGGCGGCGGAGACGGCGGCGGCUGACGCCGCCGCCGCCGUGCGCAGCGCCGACGAGGCGGCGGCGGCGGCGGCGGCGGCGGCGGAGCACCGCGUGGCGAAGAGUGAGGCUGCGGUCUCCGCGGUCGCGGCAGGCGCCGCCGCCGAGGUGGUGGGCUUGAUGGAGGAGGCGGCGGCGAACGAGGCUGCACGUGGAGAGUCGGUGCGAGCGGCGGUCGCUGCCGCUGCCGCUGCGGCCGUCGAGGCGGAGCAGCUGCUGUCUACCUGCGCAGGUCCGCAGCACCGUGCGGCCGACCCAGACACGGAUGGCGCCGCGAUCCGCGAGGCGGGGAUCGACGCGGCGCUGGUGCUGCUGGAUUCACAGGCGGACCAGUAG